GGGCAAUUUCCGCUGCCGGCAACUCGAUUGCCGUUGCCCCCUGAAGCUUUCCUUCCGGCUUUCCUGGCUCGAACUCAUUCACAAGCAUGGACGCGCAGACGAAGAGGAACAUAGUCAUCGUCGGCGGAGGCAUCAUCGGAUGCACGACGGCCUACUACCUCACACGUCAUCCCAAGUUCAACCCCGCCCUCCACAGCGUCACCCUCCUCGAAGCGACCUCCAUUGCUGCGGGCGCGUCAGGCAAGGCUGGCGGGUUGCUGGCACUGUGGGCAUAUCCGAGUUGCUUGGUGCCGCUCUCAUACCGCCUGCACAAAGAGCUGGCCGCAGAGCACAACGGCGCACAACGAUGGGGCUACCGCCGCGUCGGGUGCGGCAGUCUUGCCGCGACGGUCACGACCAGCGACAUCCGGGCGAGAGCACAGAAGCCGUCGUCAGCGCCAACGGAUAACGCGCAACUCAGUGAACUCCCUAUCCAGAGUACUGCCCCCGACGAAACGACCAAGGAAUGGGAAAAGCUUCCCAAGCAAGACGACAAAGCAGCCGGCCUGCUGAGGGAGUCACCCUUACCACCUGACCUAGACUGGAUCGACGGGCGCCUAGUCCAGUAUUACGAGGAGAUGGGAGCGCCGGGAGCCGCCGAAACAGCCCAGGUUCACCCCUUCCACUUCACGAACUCUAUGGCGGAUCUAGCGCGGGAAAGGGGAGCGAACAUCAAGCUACGUGCUAAAGUAACCAAGAUUAACGAUACCAAGACGAGCGGCGUUCACAGCGUUGAGUAUGAGGACCGAGAUACCGGGGAAACGCAUGCCAUCGACGGCGUAACGGAUGUCGUCGUGGCCGCAGGGCCAUGGACCGGGAAGUUACUGCCGCGGACGAGGGUGGAAGGUCUGCGCGCGCACAGCGUCGUCUUCGAAGCCGACGUCAGCCCCUACGCCGUCUUCACCGAUAUUCAGCUCCCAGUCGACUACAUUCCGGAACACCGCAUCAGCCAGGGUCAGAAACGCCGGCACAAGGGGAACGUUGAUCCGGAGAUCUACGCCCGCCCCUUUGGCGAGGUGUACGCAUGCGGCGAACCCGACACCAGCACGCCGCUCCCCGCCACCGCGGAUGAAGUCAUCACCGACCAAUCCCAAUGCGACGAUCUGGUCGCCUACAUCGGCACCAUCUCGCCCACCCUCGCCGCCGCUCCCGUCAAGACCCGCCAGGCGUGCUACCUGCCCCGACAUAUGCGCUUCGGCGAGCAGCGCGGCCCGCUGGUCGGCCCAACCUCGGUUCCUGGGCUCUGGGUCGCCGCCGGGCAUACCUGCUGGGGGAUUCAGAACGGCCCCGGGACAGGGUAUCUAAUGGCUGCAAUGCUGUUCGGGGAUGAGGUUGGCGAGGAGGUGGGGAAGUUGGAUCCGAGGAGGUUUAAGGUUUAGAGAUGCUUGCGCGAGACUUUCAAGACAGGGGUGUUUUACUAGCCUUUAGAGGGAGUAUAUAUUAUAUAUCUGAGUUAUGGCCGACCUUUUUGCCGGCUGGUUUGUGGAACUUCGAAAGCACUUUUUGCGUUCGCGGUCCCCUGGAUCAAUAACCCCAUUCAUUACAUGCAAGCGUGCCUCGUUCCCAUCAAAAGAGUUCAGAAAUGAAGAAACGGAUCAAAUUGGGCUAC